UUUAUGGGCGGAAUCUGGCUGUAGGAUCGGACGAUAUUUUCAAGAAGCCGCAAAAGACCUGGUGAAAUAGCAAGAGCUUUGAGUUGUCGCUGGAUCUUCUCUGAAUCGUCGCUGACAUCGUGCAGUCUGAUAACUGGUAAGUGAGUCUGCUUGAGGCAUAGAGAGUAGAACUCGUGGGCGCCAGAUAACAAAGCUUUGAACGCUGUAUAAACAAACCUCGUUGGCUUGUAUUAACCUGCGAGCGCGCCCGCCUGGAAACAUCAACUACACGGCACUCGAGUGCCUGACAGUUACAACAAGACUCAGAACACAAAGUGUCAUGGCGGAACAAAAGACACCCAGCGCUACCAUGGCCGAAAUACCAUCGACCAUGGUUGCCCAAGCAGCAGCUGCUGCACAGGCAACUGAACAUGAAGACGGCCCGGACCCCUCAAGGGUAGCCCAAUACCUCAAUCCGAACACGACAGACGAGAACCUACCACCCCCAGCAUACGGCGAUACAUACGGCGAUGUCAGCUCCAACGACGGUGGACUGGGCACCAAAGCUACUCUUCGCUCGGAUGGACGAGUCAACAUCAACAUCAACCAAACGUCUCGCCAUCUCUCCAACUUGCUCGUACCUGCCCUGCGAAGUCAACUCGACCUUGCCGAUACUACACAAGUCCCUCCUCCGUAUAUUCCCACCUCGCUUGGUGGAGCUCCUGGCCAACCGCCGCCGCCACCGCUAAACGUCGUCAUCCACGUUGUUGGUUCUAGAGGAGAUGUGCAACCCUUUGUUGCCCUUGGAAAGGUGCUCAAAGAUCAAUAUGGCCACCGCGUACGCCUGGCAACACAUCCAGUCUUCAGAGACUUUGUCACAGAGAAUGGUCUCGAAUUCUUCAACAUCGGAGGUGACCCCUCAGAGCUGAUGGCAUUCAUGGUCAAGAAUCCCGGUCUGAUGCCUGGAUUUGACGUUCUUAGAUCUGGAGAUGUUGGCAAGAGACGCAAAGAGAUAUCGACCAUGAUCAAAGGUUGUUGGAGAAGUUGUAUCGAAUCAGGAGAUGGCACCGGAGUCGCUGCAGACGACAAUACAACAGAAGAAUGGAUGCGUAAUACUGAUGCAUCAGACAAGCCCUUCAUCGCUGACGCCAUCAUCGCCAAUCCUCCGUCCUUUGCUCAUAUCCACUGUGCUGAGAAGCUGGGAUGCCCCUUACAUGUCAUGUUUACCAUGCCAUACUCUCCGACACAGGCUUUCCCUCAUCCACUGGCCAACAUCCAGUCAACCAAUGCCGACCCUCACCUUACCAACUUCAUCAGUUAUACCCUUGUCGAGAUGUUGACUUGGCAAGGUUUGGGUGAUGUGAUCAACAGAUUCAGAGUCAAGGAUCUGUCUUUAGAUCCGAUCAGCUUGAUUUGGGCGCCCGGUAUGCUGACAAGACUGCGUAUCCCACAUACCUACUGUUGGUCACCAGCCUUGAUUCCAAAGCCUAAAGAUUGGGGCAACCAGAUUUCCAUCUCCGGAUUCUACUUCCUUUCGUUGGCUUCGAACUUCACACCUCCUGCUGAUCUGAAGGCCUUCUUGGAUGCCGGACCGCCACCCAUCUACAUUGGAUUUGGUUCAAUCGUUCUUGAUGAUCCCAACGGAAUGACCAAACUGAUUUUCGAUGCUGUCCGCAAGACUGGCCAGCGUGCCCUUGUUUCAAAAGGCUGGGGUGGCUUCGGUGCCGACGAGCUCGGUAUUCCCGAGGGUGUCUUCAUGCUUGGUAACGUGCCUCAUGACUGGCUAUUCAAGCAUGUCUCUUGCGUAGUUCAUCACGGAGGUGCCGGAACCACUGCUGCCGGUAUUGCAUGUGGUGUCAGCACGGUCAUUGUGCCAUUCUUUGGAGAUCAACCUUUCUGGGGAGCUAUGGUAGCCAAAGCUGGUGCUGGUCCAGAUCCCAUCAACCACAAGGACUUGACUGCGGAUAACCUAGCCGAAGCUAUUAACAAGGCUCUCGAACCUGCGACCAGAGAACGUGCUCAGGAUCUAGCUAACAGUAUCAGCCACGAAAAGGGUACUGAAUCUGGUGCUCAGAGCUUCCACCAAUUCCUGGAAGUCGACAAGCUGAGAUGCAGCAUAGCACCCAGCAAGGCAGCCGUUUGGCGCCUGAAGAGGACUGAAGUUCGCCUGAGUGCCUUGGCAGCGACCACAUUGGCCACUGAGGGGCUGCUUGACUUCAAAGACCUCAAGCUGUACCGCGCAAGGGAAUACGAAGCAGAUGAAGGACCACCAGAGCCCAUCUCAGGUGGUGCCGGUGCUCUCACUGGUACAAUCAGUACCAUGAUGAUGGGUGUCGCUGAUUUCCCUGUCGCUGCUUUGAAGGCGUUGCGCAUUCAUCCUGAUGCUGUUCCUAACAAGACCAAAACAGACCCUCAGGCUAUCUCACAAUCAGGAUGUUCUGGGCAGCAGUCAAGCCAACCUGAAUCCUCCACGAGAGAAUCCGCUGUAUCUAGUCCCAGCAGGCCGUCCUCACCUACUCGAGGUGCGAGUGCAGGCGCGACCUUUAAUCUCGACGAAUCGCUUGCAAAGAUGGGCUCUCCUCAUCUGACCGCCGAGGACAAGAACGAUAAAGAAAAACGCAGUCGCUCUUCGUCGCUUGCUGCUGCACUCCAGGGCCGUCUCGGCGGCCAAUUGCGUCAUCGUUCUUGCUCUCGUAGUGGCUCUAACUCCAGAUCUUCGAGCCCACACAGAACCAACACAACACAGUCUCAAGCGUCGGCUCAAUCGCAAUCGCAAGGUGGAGAGACAAACAUUAGAGAGGUUAUUGAUGCUGCAUUUGGCACCAGUAAGGGUGUCUCGAGAAUUGUUGGCGCUGGUUUCAAGUCGCCUAUGGACUUCACACACGCUCUUGCCAAGGGCUUCCAUAAUGCCCCGAAACUCUACGGAGAUGAGUCAGUCAGGAAACCCGAUCGUAUUACCGACUUCAGGUCUGGUCUCAGAGCAGCCACCAAGGAGUUUGGAUACGGUAUGUUCGAUGGCAUCACCGGACUGGUCACACAGCCCAUGGAAGGCGCAAAGAAAGAGGGUGCUGCCGGUUUCCUCAAAGGAUUUGGAAAGGGUAUUGGUGGUAUUGUGCUCAAGCCAGGUGCAGCCAUCUUCGGCAUACCGGCCUACACUAUGAAGGGUGUCUACAAGGAGCUCCAGCAGUUGUCCGGAUCUUCGGUUCAGAACUACAUCAUCGCAGCUCGGACGGCACAGGGUUACGAUGAAUGGCAUAGGUCGAGUGCUCAAGAACGUCAAGAAAUCAUCAGACGCUGGAGAAUAGUUGAAUCCGAGGUCAAGAAGAAGAGAUUCAUCCAUGAACAGUUCCAAGACAUGCUUAAGAAGCAAUGGGAUGGUAACGGUAAUAAUGGCCAGGGCAAAGCGAGAACGGGUACACAAAGCGAAAUCUCGACGCCGACUGUCGAGGUCACACAGCACUCUACUGAGCCUCCGAAGUAUGAUGACUUGCAAUUCACUCGUGGUGCGAGUGGCAAUGACUUAGAGAGAGCCAUCCAAACAUCGGUCGCUGACACCAGUCGUGGCGAUCCCGAGCAGGACGCUAUGAUCGAGCGUGCCAUCCGGGCCAGUAUUGCGGAAUUGACUUCUGGUCAGAACGCUCCUAGCGGUGGUGAAAACAACGACGACGAAGAUGAGAUUCUCAGAAAGGCUAUCGCGGCUAGUCUGGUAGACCACGAUGGACAACAACCCCCAGCUUAUCAAGAGGCAUCGUCUGAGCAUGAUGAGGAAUUGGCAGCAGCUCUCAGAGCUAGCAUGGCAAACGAAGGACACAAGGACAAGCGUGCCAAGCGUCAAGGCCACUCCACAGACAGCGAAUGGGACACCAACUCUAGCGAAGGCGACGACGAGUUCCGUCUUGCUGUAAAGGCCUCUCAGGAUCAGCAUUCGCAACACCAACAGCGCGAUGACGAUGCAGAGCUACAACGCGCAAUCAGCCAAAGCCAAGAAGCCCACAAAGAAGCCACAAGCGCUGAAGAGGAAGAAAGAGUCGUCAUGGAGUAUGUGAAGAAGCAGAGUUUGCUCGAAGAAGAACAUCGCCGUACCGCAAACAAGGGCAAGGGCAAGAUUGAGGAGAACAACGAUGAGGAAGAUGAUGAAGAUUUCAAGAGAGCUAUGGAGAUGAGCUUGCAGCAGGAGGGCAAGAAGGGCGGAAGAGCUUGAAUUGGGAUUAUGACUUGAUGAGAAACAUAGCAAGAUACCCCUUUUUUCCUAUUAUACAUGAUAUUUCACCGCAAAAGACUUUGGAGGCAAACUUUUCUGCAUUCAGUCUCAGCCAAGCAUCUUUGUGUUUGUCUAAGGGUGUUUCAAAAUGUGUCUCACUUUCAGAUCUCCAGACAAACAACACGCGCGACUUUAUAUAGUCUUGCUCUCGAC